CGCAACAUAGUGUAGAGUAGCAAGGUUUUCAAAACCUAGCUCAGUUUCUCUCCUUUAUACUCCUCGUCGGCCGUCGCACUCGCCGCUUAACACCCUCAGCCGCACCGCCCUCCACUCCAUUCCGUUUUCACCCUAAAAUCUCACCCCCAAAGUAAAAAACCCUAAAAAUUUCAUUCCAAAGAUGCAGCACGACGAGGUUAUAUGGCAAGUUAUCAGGCACAACCAUUGCAGUUUCAUGGCAAAAAUUACAACAGGUAUUUUUUGUAGAAACCCUUACAGCAUCACUGGAAUUUGUAACCGAAGUUCCUGUCCUUUAGCUAAUAGUCGCUAUGCCACCAUUCGCGAAGACAAUGGUGUGUUUUACCUUUACAUGAAAACUAUUGAAAGAGCUCAUAUGCCGAAGGAUUUGUGGGAAAGAGUUAAGCUUCCUAGGAAUUACGAGCAGGCACUUGAAGUCAUAGACAAAAAUCUGAUGUUUUGGCCCAAGAUUCUUAUACACAAGAUAAAACAACGAUUGACCAAAAUGACCCAGAUGCGUAUACGUAUGAGGAAACUUGCUUUGAAAACAAGGGAGAAAAUCACCACGCUGCCCAGGAAAGAGGUUAAGAGAGAAGCUAGAAGAGAAGAGAAAGCCGAAAAAGCAGCUGUGCUAGAAAAGUCUAUUGAGAAAGAGCUAUUGACACGCCUUAAAGAAGGACUUUACAAGCAAGAUGAUAUUAUCAACUAUCCUUUUGAAGAAUACAACAAGAUUAUUGAAAUGGAGAAAAGUCAACCUGCUGAAGAAGAGGAUGAAAUGGAAGAAGAAAUAGAAUAUGUAGAAGGUCCUUAUGACGAACUUGAAGAGGAAGAUGACAUAGAAGAUUUUGGUGCUUAUGCAAUUGAUGAGACACAGGGCAAUGGCAGCGAUGAUGAAAAUGAUGGAAGUGCUGAAGAUGAAGAAACUAAAGCUCGUGAUGAAAGGAAAGCCAAAAGGAAAUCGACUUUAGCUUCAAAGAAACUUGAAAAGGAUGGCCGUGAUCCUAAAUCAAAGAAAACAAGGGUCCUUGUUGAGGUGGAACGCGACGAUGCUGGUGAAAGGCAAAGAGCAGUACUGUAGUUGCAUUUUGGAUUAGUUAGUGAUAGGCUGCUAUAUGAGAAACCAAAUUUUGAUUGUCAUUUCUUUAAAUUAUUUGUAUCUGAAAGAAAAAAACUCAAACCAUUUCAAAUUACAUACAGUUUAUUUUUCAUGUUUUUUUCCUUUUGUUUGGAAGAAGGGCGGUGUCUGAAGAUGCAAUGUUUGGUUUGGUUGAGGGAGAUCAUCUCAAUCAUACUUAGUUUGAAGAUUUUGAUUGUUCAAAUUUUGUAUUCCUUGGAUCUUCUGGAGUUAAGAAACAUUAUAAUAUUUUUCUACUGUUCUUUA